UUGUCGGUUUUUCUUCCUUUCUAUGACCCUCACCUUUAGCCCUUCUCUAUUCAAUCUGUCUUUUCGUCGUUGUGUGACUCAACCUGUCCCUGCUCUUUCUGUCAGUAUGGACGUGAUAGAUGUGAUAUGCUGAACUGGGUUAUUUAAAGAGUGGUGACUUUCCCUACGAUACCUGCCCUAUUUCGGACAGAGCCUUAGCCUUUCCUUUAUUCCAUUGUUGUCUUGGACUAAGUUGAGUAAAAGAAGAUUCCUCAGCAGCAGUUUUUAUCCAUUUUGCUCGGACUUGUUGCCUUGGACAAGUUUAGGAGCUCAAGCCUGCUACAAUGGUGUGCAUUCCUUGUAUCGUCAUUCCGAUUCUGCUCUGGGUCUACAAAAAAUUCCUGGAGCCCUACAUAUAUCCUCUGAUUUCCCCUUUUGUUAGUCGUAUAUGGCCUAGAAAAGCUGUACAAGAAUCCAAUGAUAAAAGUAAAGGCAAAGUAGACUGUAAGGGUGGAGACAUAAAUGGAUUACCAACAAGAGGACCAGCAGAAAUCUCUGAUAAAAAGAAAGACUAAAGUGAUUUUCCCAAAGGAUUUCGUCAUUUUUAAAAUGGACCUGACGAUAUAAAGCACCUUCUUUGUGAUUGUCUCUGACCAUUUUCACUGAGACCAGAAUUCUGGGUAGAUAGAUUAGGUAUUUACCUGAUAUGAAUCAGGGAAAUACAUGGUAUUGAUAUUUGAAAUGUAGUUAGUUAUAUUUAAUGACCUCAUUCCCAAGUUCCUUUUUCAUUAAUGUAGCAUUCAUUUAUUUCUACUAUUGCUGUUUUAAUAAUAUGAAUAAAUAGAAGAUCUAUGCCAGUA